AAUAAAUAAUAAAAUUAAUUUUCUCUAUCUUGAAAAAAUUCAGAGAGAGAAAGAAGGAGAGAGAAACACGCGGUCAUGCCUCCCCACUGUCUCUUCCUCACUGAGCUGAACACCAAAAACAAAAAGGUCGGAGGCAAGCAGGCCGCAAAGAUCUCUCUCUCUCUCUCUCUCUCUCUCUCUCUCUCUCUGCACGCUUAGAGAGAGAAACUAGAGGGAGAAACGCUGUUGAAUUGUUUUGAAAAGAAAGAAAGAGGUCCUGCUUGAGUUGUAGAGAGAGAGAGAGAGAGAGAGAGAGAGAUGGGUGGGGUGACUUCAUCCAUGGCGGCCAAGUUCGCCUUCUUCCCACCCAAUCCGCCAUCCUACAAGCUGCUCACAGACCACGCAACUGGUCUCCUGCUCCUGGACCCUUUCCCCCACCGUGAAAACGUCGACGUUCUGAAGCUGCCCACUCGCCGGGGCUCCGAGAUCGUCGCAAUCUACGUUCGCUACCCCAUGGCCACCACCACUCUUCUCUACUCUCACGGUAAUGCCGCAGAUAUAGGUCAGAUGUACGAGCUGUUCAUCGAAUUGAGCAUACACUUGCGAGUUAAUCUGAUGGGAUAUGAUUAUUCUGGAUAUGGGCAAUCAUCUGGAAAGCCAAGUGAGCACAAUACUUAUGCAGACAUUGAAGCUGCAUAUAAGUGUCUUGAAGAGAGCUAUGGCUCCAAGCAGGAGGAUAUCAUCCUUUAUGGCCAAUCUGUUGGAAGUGGCCCCACUUUGGAUCUUGCAGCUCGGUUGCCUCGACUAAGAGCUGUUGUUCUGCAUAGUUCUAUACUUUCAGGCUUAAGGGUUAUGUAUCCUGUGAAACGCACAUAUUGGUUUGACAUCUAUAAGAAUAUUGACAAAAUCCCAUUGGUCAAGUGUCCUGUACUGGUAAUUCAUGGAACUUCUGAUGACGUUGUCGACUGCUCUCAUGGUAAGCAGCUUUGGGAGCUGUGCCGAGAAAAGUACGAACCCUUGUGGCUUAAAGGGGGGAAUCACUGCAACUUGGAACUAUUUCCGGAAUACAUUAGGCAUCUUAAGAAGUUCAUUUCUACAGUUGAAAAACCACCUUCUCAGAGGAGCAGUUCGAGGAGAAGUGUAGACCGGCCUGAACAUUCUAGGAGGAGUACCGACUGUUUUGAGGCACCAAGGAAAAGCACUGACCGGAGAGAGAAACCACGGCGAAGCACCGAUAGGCCUGAGAAACUAAAAGGUUAUGAAUUCAAGCCUGCCAAUGUUGAUAAGCUUGAAAAAUUGAGAAUACCUUUCGAUCACAUGGAAAGGCCUCGCAGGAGUGUGGAGUAUCACGAGAAGCCUCGAAGAAGCAUAGACCAACAGCUAGAAAGAGCGCGGAAGAGUGUGGAUUGGUUGGAUAGAAUCCGAACUGGGUAAAUCUGUUAAUUCCAUUGUAAAAUUUGUGUACUGACUGUUUGGGGGGGUGGGGGUGAAAGAAAACAGAAAAAGAAAAGAAAAAAAAAAAAGAAAAUUAAAAUUAUAGGGGUGUUUUAACCUAUGGUUUCAGGACGUGUAUUUUUGUGUCUUGUUCCAUAAUAACUGCGUUGUGGUGGGAUUAUACUUUGAUAUGAUUGGAUUCAUUUUCCAUGUUCAAUGGAGAAGCUCUGACAUCUUUGUUUUU